AUGUAUUCGAAUUGCGGGACAACAUUCAUUGGAGCAGACGCCGCGCUCAAGAAAAUGGUCAUCCAGGGCUCUCAAGAACAUCAGGAUUGCACCAGAUGGGAAUUCAACCCACCAGGCGCUCCACACAUGGGGGGCAAGUGGGAGGCGGUGGUGAAAUCCGUCAAGUUUCAUCUGAGACGGACUAUCGGGGAGACUCUACUCACGACGGAAGAACUCACAACGUUGCUUACGCAAAACAAGGACAUUCUCAACUCGCGGCACUUAGAACCGCUGAGUGACGACCCUGAAGACGUCUCAGCGCUGACACCAGGUCAUUUCCUCAUUGGAGGUCCACUCACUACCAUACCCAAGCCAUCUCUGAUUGACCUAGGAACCUCACGACUAUCUCGGUGGCAGCUCAUCCAGCAGCAUGUUCAACAUGUUUGGGCACAAGGGUCGGCUCAUUAUCUGCAACGCCAGCAGGCGAUAUUCAAAUGGCAUCAUCCUAACAACAGCAUCAAGGUUCCAUCGUGCUGCUCACCGACGAACGCUCUCCACCGUGCAAGUGGCCACUCGCCAGAGUAA